GACCUUUAAACGCAAAGACAAACAUUACAGCAAGAAGACCAAUUCCCCUCCAGACCUGAGCUAUUUUGGUGUCAGUCUCUCAGGAGACUUGAAUGAGCUGUAACCCAAGAUGCCUCUUAACAAUGAGCGACCCGUCUCCACGUCCAGCGGUGAAGAUCAAGGCAGUGAUGUAGAAUCAUCAUCGGAGCGCUGCGACAGCAUGACCUCGACCAGUGACCUGGACUGCUCCCGUGAAAGCUUCACUAGCGACUGCUCUAGCAAGCAUUGCACACCCUCGUCGAGCCCACCCAAAACCAUAACCCUGGACGAAGUCAUGGAGUCUGCCAGAGACCUUGUCAAUCUCAGCUUUGCCCAUGAGAUCAUCGUGAAUCACAAAUUUCACCUGGAGCCAGACAGCCUACCACAGAACAGUUUAUGGAAGAUGGUUAGAGAAAAUGUCCACAAGGCGUUCUGGGACAUCCUGGAGUCUGAGCUGAAUGAUGACCCACCUGAGUACGGACAAGCCAUCAGACUAUUGGAGGAAAUCAGAGAGAUCUUACUGUCAUUCCUUAACCCGGGUGCCAAUCGGAUGAGGACCCAGAUCAUGGAGGUGCUGGACAUGGACCUUAUUCGUCAGCAGGCUGACAACGAUGCUGUAGACAUACAGGGGCUUGCCUCUUACAUUAUCACCACCAUGGGCAAGAUGUGUGCACCAGUUAGGGAUGAAGAAAUCAAGAAACUGCGGGACAGCACAGAUAACAUUGCAACAAUGUUCAGAGAGAUCUUCCGUGUGCUGGACCUAAUGAAGGCGGACAUGGUCAACUUCACCAUCGAUAAUCUGAGGCCUGUCCUGCAGAAGCAGAGUGUUGAAUAUGAGAGGGAAAAGUUCCAGAGCAUCCUGGAAAAAACACCUGGUGCUUUGGACCACACAACUGCCUGGAUCAAAUCUACACUGGAUGAGCUGCUGCCGGCUACCAUCCCCACACAGCAAACUAAUGGUCAGGGGAAAGGGCAGCGAGCGAAGCCUGGGCCCUUCCAAGUCCUCAAUGCGGCCUUCCUCCACAUCCUCACAUGGGACUACGAUAAGAGCCCAUUGCCUGAGACCUGGAUGACAGAUGAGACACGUCUCCGAGAGAUUCAAUGGCAGCUCCAGCAGUGUCAGGCAGUGAAUGAAGUGCUGCUCAUCGUCUAUAGCACUAUUGGAGGGCCUAUCCAGGGUCUGUCCUCCCUGUCUGACCGGCUGAAAAGGAUGACCAGUGUGCUUUUGGAUGGGAUGCACAGCCCAAACUUUAAAAUGGAAGAGGCACUAGAGGGUGUCAGUGCUCAGAUCUGCUGUGAGCUCAACAAGUCUUUAACAGAGAGGAACUACCCAACACUGACCCCAGCAUUACAGGCCACCCUCACAGGCCAGAUCUGUAGCAUCACCCAGAAGGACAACCCCAUCCGCACUUUAGUUGAGGACCGUGUGCAGCAGUACUUCAUGAUACUCAUCUGUGAUCCUAAACCCCAGGCCAAACUUGAACAGGUACCAGCUGGCUUGACUGCCAUAAAACCUGAACUAGCAUUGAUGGGAGCAAAGUUCAUCUCCAUGGUCAACUACAACAAGACUGUUUAUGGACCUUUCUAUGCGGAUAUCAUCAGGAAGCUGAUGUUCAGCAGUAGCCCACCAGCAACAAACCCUCCUCAGGACACCGCCCAAGACUCUGUCACCACUACUUAAAACAAGAAUUUGAUUCAUGCAGACUAGAGAAGCUUUGAAUACUAGACAUAGCUGAAGCUAAGGACGUACUAAAAUAACUUAGGCAGCACUCCUGCUUUGCUCAGCCAGUGUACUCCAAUAAUUUCAGUUAACUUCAACGUAUUAUAAAUGUAGUUUUUAUCACUACAUUCAGCAGUGAAAGGCACUGCAGUGUCAGCAUUUCGUGUGACCUGCACAUGUUGUGCUAAAUGCCAUAAAAUAUGCUCUCCUAUGAACAUCCACUGCUUCAAACAGGAAAAGCAGUGUUAAAAAGAUCAAUUUCUGAACCUAAUGGUGACCCCCGAGGUUUGUCUUUAAUCAAAGUUUGUACUUAUUUUGAAGGGAGUGCAUAUGGGGAGAAAAGGGCAAAACCUUAGUAUGUCUAUUACAUACAGUGAGCUUUAUCAAGCAAAGAGGAAUAAAAACCAUAUAUUUAGAAUAGUAGCAGAGUAGCAUUUCAGAUUCUUUACAUAUAACAUAACAAAGUUAUUUAUCACUGUUAAAUGUUAAGGUUUUUUUAUAGUUUACUAUAUAGUGUGCUGAAACUAAAGUAAACUAUAGGAAGAAUUGACAAUAGCAAGUGCCACCUUUUACAGAUAUUAAUGCAAAACAUGAUAGCCCUUAUCCCUUGGAUUUAGUCCUUUGAUUGCUCUUCCUUUUUCAUCAGCCAGAAAAACAUUCUGUAUUUUUUACCUUUUGAUCCACUGAUAUUCCUAAACAGCAGAAAAAUAAAGUAGAAGUUUAAAUGUUUUGGAUUUUGAUUUCUCAAAGGAAGCAAUAACUGUUGUCUGCAUGAGUAGCUUUGUGUUGGGUUUUUUGUCAUUUUAGUUUUUACUUGAGCAACUUGUUGGAGUAUUUGUCAAAUGUUGUAUGUUCAGUAUUUCUACUUAUUCUCUGCCCGUGGAAUAUUUGUUAUACGGAUUUAGUUGUUAUUUUUGUUACAUUUUGAGGUACUGUAGUUGUUACAGUAUUGCUGUGUUGGCUGUUAGAACCCAUGGAGAAAUGAAAGGUGCUGAAUUCAAAGUGAUGUCCAAAGUGGACCCAAAGAUGCACAAAGAAAAGCAGUUACGUAUUUUGUAAAAGUUUACAUGAAAAAUGUGGGAAGUUGUUGUUCUUUUCUUCUGUACCACAACUAAUAUAAUAAAACUUUUAAAGGAAAAACUAAA